AUGUGGGCAUUCCGAUCACUUUUUCUGGCACUUUCCUUGUCCAGUGCAUUAAAUCUACUUCCACAAGUGCUAUCCUUCUCUCCCGAUAUGGUUUCCGUGAGGGCUCACGGCACAGCAAGAGAAAGUGUUCUGAAAACAUCAACCAGUGAUGACGAUAUGGAAACUCCUUCCAGAAGAAGCGUUGUAUCCAGCAUUGGUCUGGUGGGUGCAAGUGGUCUUCUUUCCGCACUGGUCCCUCCCGCCAUGUCAUUGGCAGCUGAAACAGAAAGCUUUGCAGAGAUUGCUGCCCGUGCCAACAAAAUUUCAAAAGAACUAGACACAGCCCCUUCCAUAUCGGAAGUUCGCAAGACCGACAAGACCAUGUAUGAUUUUACCUUGCCCAUAGAGGGGGCUGACAAAUCUCUCGCGGAUAUUGUCCGACAACAAUUUGAUGAAUCUGGAAACAAUGCCAAGGUGAAGGCUAUUCUUGUGGUGAAUAUCAAACAAGACGAUCCAGUGGCUCGCAAGGACAUUCCAGAACUGAUUUCCCUCGUCACCAAGUAUGGGCGAAAUGGUGAAUUUGUGGUUGUUUGCUGUCCAACAGAACAAGGAUACUUUGAACCGGACACAUCCACAUUGAUCCGUUUGAAACUUGCUUCAGAGUACGGAUAUGGUAUCAACCCUGCUUCUGUUGUUACUGACAAGGUGAACCUUCUGGGUACUGGAGCUCAUCCUUUCUGGAGGUGGUUGGAGGGAACUUCCAGGACACCUGCUGGACUUGGAAGAGUUCAGGGUAAUUUUGAAAAGUUCUUGCUAGAUGGCAGGAGUGGGCUUCCUUUGAGACGCUAUCCCAGAAAAUACAUGCCACUAGAUAUCAAGGAUGAUAUUGAGGCUGUCAUUGCUGGUAGACCCGUGCCUCCUGCAGGUGCAAACUGGGCGGAGGAAUGGCGAGGGGCUGCUGCAGAGGCUGAACGAGACACCUAUCGUUUUGAGAAGGGAUUGAAUGUCUUUGAUCAAUAG